AUGAAAAGAUAUUUUAAUAUUUUCACCAAUUUCAAUAGUACACGCAGCUAUACGUCUUCUUCCGGCGUGUGGGGGCGAACGAGCAGCGAGAUAUACCUUCGAUGCACGGUGAUUGACGAGCGGGGUCAAUCGCGACUCAGUGGUAAAUUCCGCAAGAGUGAUUUGUGCAUGCGCCAUUCACUCAACCCGCGAGACCUCCGCAAGGUGGAUUCACGCAUACCCAACAUCGUACCCACCAUCCUCGCCCGGCGGGAGGCUACACUGAUCAACAUCCUCCACGUGCGCGCACUCGUCAAGCGCGACACAGUUCUCCUGUUCGAGCCUCACAACGCACUCGACACGCGCCAGCAGUCAGUCUUCCUCUAUAAUCUGGAGCACUCCCUCAAAGACACUCACUCACACCUUCCGUACGAAUUUCGCGCUAUCGAGGCUAUCUUGCAGAGCGUUAUCGCUGCUCUCGGCCACGAGACUGAUGUACUCGCAAGGCAGAUCUCUGACCUCCUUCUCGACCUCGAGGACGACAUUGAGAGGGAGAAGCUCAAGAAUUUGCUUCAUUACGCCAGGAAGCUGUCUACUCUGCGCAACCGCGCUACUCUCACCCACGAGGCUAUCGAGGAGGUACUGAAGAAUGAUGAAGACUUGUCCCUGAUGUAUCUCUCCGAUAGGGAGAAAGAUGAGCAAAAUGGGAAAUAUGAUAAACAGCAGCACGGAGACCACGACGAGCUCGAAUUGCUGUUGGAAUCCGCCUCUAAACAGAUAGAAGAGAUAGUCACCUCAGCCGAUGCACUCGACGCUAACGUCAGCUCAACGCAGGAGAUAGUAGAACUCAUUCUCGACAGCAAUCGAAAUAAUCUACUCGCCUUGGAUCUUAAAGUAAGCAUUGCUACACUAGGUAUAGGCGCAGGCACGCUCUUUGCUGGGCUGUUUGGAAUGAAUCUUCAAUCACAUCUCGAAGAAAACCCUUAUGCUUUCUUCGGCGUAUCUCUCACUACUGCUAUCCUUUCAUCUGCAGUGACGUACGCAUGUCUCAGACGACUGGCCAGGAUCAGACGCAUCAAACUCGGGAUGAAUGCAGAGAGUAACAAGUACAUGAAGAAGCAUAUUGAUUUGGGUGCCGGUGGCUUGUGGCAUCGUUUGUAUACCCACGGAUGGCCAAUAAUGCGGUAG